GUUGUUUGGCAAUCACAACAUUCAAUCUCCAACAUUUCCUGGUGUCUCACUAUAGGUUAGUUAAAGAGUAGCUCAGAUAACAUUCAGGGUGGAGUCUCAACUGAGAGUGCCAUUGUCUAAAGCAUUGCCCGUUUCUAGAUAACACACACCUUAGAGCACCUGUUCAGUGAAAACCAUUUGCAGUCUACGUAUUAUUUAUUACCUGAAACUGUGACUAGCAGGAGCCUGAACGCAGGGUUACCUGGACAAGAUCAAACUGAAGAGAGUAUGGCCUCUACAAUCAGCCUCUUGCCCGAGAAACACUUCUUGUGCUCUCUGUGUAGAGACAUCUUCACCAGCCCGGUGACCAUACCAUGUGGACACAGUUUCUGCUUAUCCUGUCUCAGCCACUACUGGACACGACACCAGUCUACAUACUGUCCCCACUGUAGGAGACUGUUUACUGACAGGCCUGACCUCAGCGUCAACCGCAUUCUGGCAGAAGUGUCACACAACUACAGGACAGCUCGACCACAGAAACCACCCGAUGAGGAAAUGGUUAUAGAUGUUGAGCAAAUGAUUCAGGAAAGGCUUCAGAAGAUAGAAAGGUUGAAAUAUUCUCUCGAGCUCCAAAAGAACUCGUACCUCAGAGAAGUGCGAGAGAGCCAGAAGGUCUUCUCUGCCCUUGUACAUGCUAUGGAAAAAAAUCACAAAGAGGUGGUUGAUGCAAUUGAGGAGAGACAGAGAGAGGAGGAUAAAAAAGUAGAAACACUGGUGAAAGAGAUCGAACAGGAGAUCCAGGAGCUGAGAAAGGAGACCACUGAACCUGAACCUCAGAUUCCUGUAAACAGUGAUCAAAGUGACGAGACAAAGCAAGUUACUGUGAACAUUGUUCCCACAAUAUGCCCCUCUGAGAUGAAAGAUUGGUCCAAGGUUACCGUAGAAACUGACCCUUGUGUUGGGGUCACCAGACGAGCACUGGCAGACAUAAUGGAAAAAAUAAAGGUAGAAGUCAACAGGCUCUCCAAAUCUGAACUUAAGCGAAUAGAGAAAUACACAGUGGAUGUCAAUCUGAGCGCAAAGACAGCCCACCCCUUCCUCUCUGUCUCAGAUGACAGAAAACAGGUGAGACACACGGACAAGCUUCAGGAGGUACCAGAUAACCCCAAGCGGUUUGACCGCGUGGCGAACGUGCUGGCCAAAGAAAGCUUCAGCAGUGGGAGAAGCUACUGGGAGGUGGAGGUCGGGGAGAAGAUCGAGUGGAACCUGGGUGUCGUCAGACAAUCCAUUAACAGGAAGAGCAAGUUCACUGUCUGCCCUGCAAAUGGUUUCUGGACUUUAAGCCUGAAAGCUGGAGGCCAAUUUAUUGCCAACACAUCUCCUGUCACGCCAUUGGCACUUGAGCAGAAACCCUGGAAAGUGGGCGUGUUUCUGGACUACACAGAAGGCCGUGUGUCCUUCUACUGCGCAGAAUCUGGAGUCCACAUUCACACCUUUACAGAUACAUUUACUGACAGGCUUCAUCCAUUCUUCAGUCCUGGUCGCCUUCACGGCGGCAAAAAUAGUGCUCCCCUAAUCAUCUCUUCUAGUUUCUGCAGCAUUUAA